AUGUGCGUUGUCGCGCCCAGCAAUGGAUAUUACUUCUCUCUUAACAUCGUUUUCGUCAUCAAGUUCAGGAGUGUGAAGGUUUUCAAAAUAGUUGCCCCAUUUUUCAGCAAUGUCCUUUGGAUUAUCAUAAAUUUCAUUGUUAACUUCAAGUCAGUUGUGCAAUACACUACAAAUGGCAUCUCGACCUUCAACCCAACUCAUACAAAUAUUGAGCUGCUGAUUUCUGGUGAUGUAGAGCGAAACCCAGGUGAUGGCGUUGAUAAUUAUGAUACUACACAAGUAAAGUUGCCGGAUAAAGGCCUAAGAAUUGGUCAAUGGAACGUUCAGCACUUAACAGACUCGAAGUUUGAACAGAUAAAUUUAAUUUUGAGUACAUGCAAUAACAUCGAUAUCUUAUUCUUAUUGGAAACAUUUCUUAAGCCUUCGAAGCCUGAUUCGGUGUAUAAUAUUCCUGGCUACAGUUUAUAUCGGAAAGAUAGACAUGGGGCGAAAGCUGGUGGUGGCUUAUUGAUGUAUGUUGCUGAAAGAGUCAAAGCGAAAAGAAGAUACGAGCUCGAAGAUUACUUCGUCGAAUCAUUUUGGUUCAAUGUGUGCCCUCAUAACUCGAACAGACCAAUUUUAGUAGGGGCUCUUUACCGUCCACCCUCUGCAAAUGCAGACGCUGACUUAAAUAUCGAAAAUCAUAUUGAAUCAGUGUAUCUAAAGAGUAAAGAGAUAAUUUUGGUCGGUGAUUUCAACAUCAACUAUCUGGAUCAGAGUGCCUAUUCUAAGCAUCGAUUAGCUAAGUUUUUUAAGGGUCUGAAUAUGUCUCAGCAUGUGAAAGUUGUUACAAGACCAGCUAGCGAGUCCUGUUUGGAUCAUGUCUACACAACAAAUUCUAAAUUUAUUUCCAACAUUGUUGUGCCCGACAUUGGUUUAUCUGAUCAUUUUCCUGUGUUUGUCUGUCGUAAAUAUUUUGACCAUAAUAAAGACCCUACUCAUAAAACCAUCAAAUAUUUCGACUUUAAGAACUUAGACACAGAUGCCUUGCUAAACGAUCUUAAAGACUGCCCUUGGGACAGUGCUUUUGUUUUCGACGAUGUUGAUGACAUUGUCGAUACGCUUCAAGUCCUUUUAAGUCAGGUACUGAACGAACAUCUUCCAGCAAAACAAAAGCGCGUAAGGAAGAUUAAACAGCCUGACUGGUUUAAUGAUCGCAUUGUUACCGCGAUAAAAACCCGCGACAAAGAGCUUAAUAAGGCGAGGAAAUCGAAAGAUCCAAAUGACUGGGCAGAGUAUAAACGUUCUAAGUGUUUUGUUAUAAACUUAAUAAAGAAGUUAAAACGUUCAUACUUUCAAGAGUCAAUUGACAACAACAACGGAAACCCACAAGGAAUUUGGAAAGCGCUAAAAUCUCUUACCAAGUCUAAAAAACAAAGCAAGAUCACAGAGUUAAAGAGGGAGGAUGGCACGUCAGAAACUGAUAUACUAGCUAUGACGAAUAUGUUAAAUGAAUUCUUUGUGAAUAUUGCGAGCGGUUUGUGCGCUAACUCUACCCCAAGUGAGUUGGAUACAAGCAUUCUUGAGAACUUUGUUUCGUCUAAAUUUACUAAUUACAACACUCAAUUUAACAUCCCUCCUAUAACGGUACAGGACACUAUGGAAAUGAUUGAUAGUCUUUCGAGCCGGAAAGCAACAGGUUCUGAUGGUAUUAGUGCCAAAUUAUUGAAAUUGGUUGCACCCGUCUUAUGUCAGCCUCUAACACGAGUCUUCAAUCUAUCCUUGGAAAAAGGGUGUUUCCCAAGAAAAUGGAAGGUUGCGCGGGUAACCCCGCUUCACAAAGAUGGUGUGCGUGACAUCAAAGAUAAUUACAGACCUAUAUCUGUUUUAUCUGUGCUGUCAAAAUUGAUUGAAAAGCACGUUGCACGAUCUCUCAUGAGCUACCUGGUGGAGAACAGGUUGUUGUAUCAUCUGCAGUCAGCAUUUCGCGAAGGCCAUUCCACUGAUUCAGCUCUGAUAAACUUGACAGACAAGAUAUUGUUUAAUUUGGACCAUGAUGAGGUUACCGGAAUGGUGUUUGUCGACUUUAGAAAGGCUUUUGACGUAAUUGACCAUAAGAUUCUCCUAAAAAAGUUGGAGCUUUAUAGAGUGACUGAUGUAGCGUUGACCUGGUUUAAGUCCUACCUUUGUGAUCGCUACCAAUUUGUUUCUCUCGAAGGUAAAUCGUCUGAAUGCUUACCACUGACGAAAGGGGUACCACAGGGUUCAGUCUUGGGACCUGUAUUAUUUCUGCUAUUUGUGAAUGAUUUACCACUUCAUUUACAAUAUUCUUCAGUCGACAUGUUUGCUGACGACACUACUAUGUCUGCAUGUGCUCACUAUUUGGACAUUUCUUCGAUGAAUGAUGGUUUAAAUAGUGACCUUCAUGCUCUUAAUGAAUGGUCGUUGCAAAAUAAAAUGUUCAUAAAUGCACGAAAAACAAACUCCAUGCUUGUGACUGGAAAAAGGAUACCAAAGAAAUUGGACUCACAGAAUGACCCAUGUCUGCAGCUCAAGAUAGAUGGCGUUGAUGUCAGCGGUGUUGCCUCGAAAAAACUUUUAGGAAUUACCUUGGAUUCUAAAAUGAGUUAUGAAGCGCAUGUCGAGGAACUAGCGAAGAAGAUUUCAAAACGAUUAGGAUUGCUUAAACAUAUCAGUCCUUAUCUCAAGCAACAUCAACGAGAAACAUUUUAUACUUGCGUUAUCAAGCCCACUCUCAUGUACGGUAGUAUGGUCUGGGACAGCUGUAAUAUCAAUUGUCAUCAAAGACUUUUGAAACUUCAGAAGAGGGCGGCAAGAAUUAUUCUAGAUGUUGAUAAAAGAACGCCUUCAAUUGACCAUUUGCGUAAUAGACUACAUUUUGAACUAAACAAGUCUAGACAUAAAUUCACGGGAAAUUGACAGCCUCAAACCCUUCGAGGCUGUCAAUUUCCGGUUUGUAAUCUAAAAUGACUGAAAAUGGCAAAUUUCGCAAGGCUAUAUUUUCCGCAUUUUACAACAUUUUGCAACGAAACUUUGGAAUAUUACUAAUUUUGUGAUGCUCUUUCAAGCUGUAAUGAAAUUUUUGUUGAGAUCAAAAUUUAGUCUAUUACGCAAAUGGUCAAUUGAACUUUUUAAUAAGCUAAAUUGGCUGCCUUUGUCGAAACAGUCUCUUAUAAAAAGAACAUCUAUAACUUUUAAAAGAAAAAAAUACAGAUUAUGUUAUCCCUGAAUAUUUAAGCACUAUGCUAGUAAGGAACUCAGAUAUUCAUACUAGAAAUACUCGCUUUAAUAAUAUGAACAUGGUGUGCCCAAAAUACACACUUUUAUAAGUUUUAGUAUUGUAUUAGCUUAAUUGUAGUUCUGUAAGGAGGGCCACGAAUUUAUCAGUAGUUCACACUUACUGUCAAGUGUUUACCCUCAUGAAAUAAAGUCUAAAGUUAAAGUUAAAGUUAAGAAUCGGAGCGCUUUUUGUGCAUUGUUUACGUCUAUUGAUUAACCUCCAAAACCUCUCAUAAUCUAGCUCAUGAUCUUUCACUAUUUCCUCGUAUUCUUUUGAUUCGUACUCUUUUAUACAAUUUCUCUGUUCUUUUCUAAACAAACGUUUAGCCUCUUUGUAAUCAUGGAAGGAUAUGUUGUCUCGACCUCUCGGCUUCCCUUUUCGGAUCCAUAAAUUAUACUUCUUAAUGACCGUUUUUUUUUAGUCCAUUUAAUUUUCUGUUCCAGUAUGGCUUGAUAUGCUUCUUGUAACUAAUACAAGGUAGGGCUUUAUUAGCAAUUAUGAUACUUUUAAGAAUAGAUUGAUAAUAAUCUUCAGUGGUUAGGAGCCCUUCAUCUGAAUCUUGUUUAAUGAGAUUAAGUUCUCUAUUAAGAAAACUUUGAAAAAGAUCGAUGUUUAAAUUCGUGCAUUUUUCCAUGCAAAACGUGAUCGUUUUGGCUCAGACAUGUCCUCGUGUGAAUUAAAAGUAUCCUGCCUUCUUGGGAAGUAGAUUGUAGCUUUAACAGGUAAAUGGUGUGUCGUAGAAUGUGGGUGAAUUUCAACCACCUCCAAAUGAAAGGGAUUUUUUUACGUUUAUCGUCAAAACAGAUGUAGUCAAUGGUUGUGUGCGCAGUAGAUGAUUCGUAAGUAUACUGUGGCCCAGUACACGUAGGUAAUAAGUUAAUAGCAGUUAGUCCCAUUUUCUCUAGGAAUGUUGAGACCAACCUCCCUCGCUUAUUUUCAUUGCAGGGUUCCUGGCUCCUGUGAUAUGGGCGUUAAAGUCUCCAACUAUUAUCAGGUCAUUUUCCCCGCGUUCUUUCAAACACAAUGA